GAUGAGUUAGAAUCUGGUGAAACUGAUGCCACUUGUCCUAGUUGUUCUUUAGUCGUGAAAGUAAUUUAUGAUCCAGAAACAUUACCCCAUAAGCAAAAAUCAACUAUUUCUAAUAGAAGUGUAGAGAAGUGCUAGUGUUAUGGCUGGUGCUAGUAGAGGCAGAGGCAGGGGAAGAGGAGGUGGAAAUUUUGGCCGUCCUCAUAUUUCUAUUGGCAAUGAAAAAGUUGAGCCAGAUGACCCUUUAGACUUCAAAGCACCUGAACUUUUCCCAUCUUUGCGAGCCAAUAUAACUGAAAUUGAAGAAGAUAGUGAAGAUGAUGAUUUAAUUAUUUUUGAAAAACAAUUAGCAAAACAUUUCCAUGAAGCCGCAUCAUUUAUAUCUAAAGAAGAUUUUACCAGUCCUUGGUCUUAUCUCAAAACCAUAGAAAACCAUAAUUAUUUCCCGCCAUCUCUGUUACCAAAGAAAAAGAAAACUAUUGAUGAAAAGCCUUUUAGUGAUAUACAAUGGAUGGACAAAUUAAAGGACGAAGUUAUUAAUCAUGAUUAUUUAUCUUUAAAGCAAGUGAUAUCUGCUAAGAAAACAAAAAUAGAUGAUUUUUUAAAUCCCACAAGUAAAAAGAAAGCUAAAGUUGAAAAUAACCCAACUACUUCACAGCUUAUUAAUGAAAAUGCUGUUAAAGAGCUUGAUGAAGAGGAAGAUAUAGAUGUUGAAGAUAGUGAUGAAACAAAAAAGAAAGAUGAAGAAAAAGAAGGUGAAGUAAAGGAUAUAGAUGAAGAGUAUGAAAGUGAUGUUGAUGAUGAGCUAGAUGAUGGCACAGACUACAACAAAAAUUAUUUUGAUAAUGGAGAAGGAUAUCUUGAUGAUGAUGAUGAUGGCUUAGAUGAUAAUGAUGCUAUUUAUUAAUACAAUUAAUAUAAAUCACAAUUUACUGAUAAUUUUGUAUUUAUUUUUAGUAAUUAAGUAUUGAAAAACUGUUUUUUUUUUAAUUAAGUUACUUGUUUAUGUUUAUUGAUUUGUUUAUAUGUUAUUUUACCCCCUGAAGUAUAUAUCUAAUUUAUAAGUUUAUAUAUUGUAUAUAAUAAAUUUUUUUCGGUUAAAUGUUAAACCAAUGACCUGCUAUCUAUCAGUAGUUAGGUUCUUGUAAAUAUUUAUAUAGUUUUCAAUA